AUGCCUGCAAUCGGAUCCUUCUUCCAGCUCUUCUCCUCCUCCGACAAGACGGCUCGUGGCAACCAGGCUCCAGGCCCAUCAAAUAGCCAAAGCCAGCGGAAGGAUCCCAAUAAUAAUAGCAGCAACAAUGAAGACCUGCUGCUCAUCAAGCUCAGAGACCAGCAUGCCACCCUGCCAUCACCGCCAUCUGACGGCGGCCAUCCGGCUCAGGCCAGCCAGCAGCAACGCGCCCGGCUGAGGUCGAUCCUCUCCUCGCUCUCCUCCUCCAGCCCUCGGACCAACUCGAUCCUCGUACACCCGGAUCCAAUCAGAAUCGCACUCCAGCCGAGCCACAAAGACAACCAUCACCAGACGGCCCACGAAGACUCAGCUGUCACCCAAGCCAACCCCUCACUCCAACCGUCAUCAGACAUCUCCAGCGCCCUGUCCAGAGCCCUCUCCACCACGCUCUCCAGAUCAUUCAGCCGGACGCCUGCGGCGAGCUCAGCCAACCCUCUCAAGAAAUGGCUGGGCUCGAAGCAUCCGCCCGGUCCGUCGACCGCUGCCGCCCAGAACAGUCAUCCUCCUCCGCCGGCGGCUGCCCAGCGUCACCAGUCGAUCCUCCUCAAGAAGAAGAAGUCGACCCCGACCGGCCAGCCCGAGCUGCUCGGGAUCGGCUCGGCCGACCACCACCAGCCGAUGAAAAAACACCCCACAUCCACCUCCUUCCUCAACCUGAUCACCAAGAAACAGCAGCAGACCUGCAAAGCCGUCGAUCCUAAUGAGAUCCGCCCGGUCGAUCAUCUGCCCCAUCUCGCGAAUAGCCUCGUCAUGAAAUCCAGAAGCCAUUCGAUCGUCCAGGCCGACCGCGCCCACCUCCGGGCCGUCCCCAAGAUUUUGACUGCCGCUGCCAGGAAUAACGAGCAGCAGCCGCAGCUGUCCCAGGAACGGGCCCCCCAUCAUCUCCUCCUGCUACCAGACCCGGCCACCCACCAGGCGCCUCCUCCACUGCCUCACCCAUCUCCGCCUCCUCAACCUCAACCUCUGCGUGCCCAGUCUUCCUUCUACUUCAACCAUCACCUGCCUGACAACCGCGAUCCUGCUCAGAUCAACCUGCCCGAAAAAUCCAACCCCAGCACCGAAUCUCAAGCCUCCGACCCGACCAAAAAUGCUCGCAAGACCAGCUCGCGCUAUGCUCUCGCCGACUUCGAUCUCAUACGGACGCUUGGAACCGGAUCCUUCGGCCGAGUCCACCUUUCGAAAUCUCGCCAUAACGGCAGAGGCUACGCGAUCAAGGUCUUGAAUAAAAAGCGCGUCGUCGGUCUCAAACAAGUCGAACAUACAAACUCCGAGCGGCAGAUGUUGGCCGCCGUCCGGCAUCCUUUUCUCGUCAAUCUCUGGGGGACCUUUGCGGAUUCCUACAACCUCUACAUGGUUAUGGACUUUGUAUCUGGUGGCGAAUUGUUCAAUCUCUUGCGUAAGAGUCAGAGAUUUCCGGACCCGGUCGCCAAGUUCUUUGGAGCCGAGGUAGCGCUGGCACUGGACUACUUGCACUGUCUGGAUAUAGUCUAUCGGGACUUGAAGCCGGAGAACAUCUUACUAGGCUCGGACGGACACAUCAAGAUCACUGAUUUCGGCUUCGCUAAACUGGUGCCCGAUAUCACCUGGACGCUCUGCGGGACGCCCGAUUACCUCGCCCCUGAAAUCGUGCAAUCGAAGGGAUACAACAAGAGUGUGGAUUGGUAUGCCCUAGGGGUCUUGAUCUUCGAAAUGCUUGCCGGCUACCCGCCCUUCUACUGCGAAGAGGAGAGUCCGAUGAGGCUGUACGAGAAGAUCAUUGCCGGAAAAGUCCGAUACCCGUCAUACUUCAAUCCGUCUGCCAAAGACCUCCUGAAGUCGCUCUUGACCUCCGAUCUCUCGAAGCGCUUCGGGAACCUGGCCAACGGCUCCCGGGACAUCUUCCACCAUGCCUGGUUUGCUGAAGUCGACUGGGAACGGCUCUACCGCAAGCAGAUCCCGGCCCCGUAUGUCCCCCGGGUCAGCUCCGAAUGGGACGCUUCCAACUUCGACCAUUAUGAUGAGGCCUCCUUGGAGGAGUACGGCAAGGUCGGAGAAGACCCCUAUGGUCAUCUCUUCCCUGGCUUUUGA